CUAAACACUCAUCAUAACGAUGAUAUUUAACAAAAGCCAUAUAAUCAGUAAACAUCCUACUAACAGGUAUGAAAGUACGUAACACGUUACUCAAUACUAGGCAAGUGUGAUAGAUUAAACAAGAAAAGUGAGUACAAAAGCAUCAAUAAUAAAGAAGCAGACACACAGAAAGAAAUAAGUAAGUAUUUGCGUAUUGUAAUUAUAAAUUAUCUUCCAGGAAAAAUCUUUGAAAAUGGAGAAUGGUGUAUAUUUUCGUAUGUCUGGAGAAGACUGUUCUAGUGAUGAACAAGAUGCGAACGACACGAUGAAUAGUGUAAAUUACUCGGAGAGAAAAUGUCCAGUGUGUUGCACUCAUCCUGCAAUACUGAAUACAUACGGAGUGUGGGCUUGUUUGCAUUGCUCAGAUUUCUUCUACAACAAUGUAGUGAAAUUAGAGGUUCCUCGAUGCCAACGAAUAGGCAAUUGCCUGUUGAUGGGGGAGAACGAUUGCAGUUUUUGUUGGUUGAAUAAAUGUUACGAAGUUGGAAUGGAUGCUGAUAAAAUUAGUUAUGGUGAAAAUUACUUAAGCAUACGUUUCAAUCGAAUGGUCGAAACUCGAAAAGGAAUCAGGUUGAACGUGAUGAAAGACGAGGAUCAGCUAUUGCAAUAUAUUCCACACUUACAACAGAUGUUUAUCAAAGCAUCAAAGCGAAUCAAAGCAUUUAAAAUUUUACCCGUUUCCCAUCAAAUUAAAAUAACAGAGGAAUGUUUAAUAAGAGGAAUUAUCAUGGAACUUACUUAA